AUGAUGGAAGAAGCCUUAGAAGCUGCAGAAACAAUCAUCAAGAAAUGGGAUCCAAACUCAAUCUCCUACAGAAAGAUCACCUCUCUGUUCAGUCACAGCAGAAAAGAAGCCAAAGAGUUCAUCAGAUGCGUACGUGACUUACGUAAAGCCAUGCACUAUCUCAUCUCUCAAGACUCCAAAUCUGACAAGCUUGUCCUUGCACAGAACCUGAUGGAGAUGGGUAUGUCCAUGCUUGAGAAAGAGUUUUUUCAGAUACUCUCUUCUAACCGAGACUAUCUUGAUCCUGAAUCAACCUCGGUUCAGUCCACAAUAUCAUCAAGCAAUUCGGAGUUUGAGAUUUUUAUGACGUAUGAAGAUGAUGUGGAAGAUGAUGUGCUGAGGAAGGCUGGUGAAUCCAUCACUCAGGUUGAGAAAGCCUCAGCUCUUGUGAUGUCAGACUUAAAGGUCAUUGCAGAGACCAUGAUCAUCUGUGGUUAUGGUAAAGAGUGCAUCAAAAACUAUAAGUUGAUCAGAAAGUCUAUUGUUGAUGAAGGGCUACACUUGCUUGGGAUUGAGAAGGUCAUCAAGACCUCUCAGUUUCAAAAAAUGGAUUGGGGGAUGAUCGAGCAUUUGAUCAAGAACUGGAUCAAAGCUGCAAAGAUUGGAGUCACAACACUUUUAAGAGGAGAGAAGCUUCUUUGUGAUCAUGUCUUCUCUGCAUCAAUCACAAUAGGACAGUCUUGCUUCAACCAGAUAGCCAAGGAAGCAGGAAUCAAUCUCUUCACGUUACCUGAACUCAUCGCCAAUAAGGAGAAGAAACCACACCACAACAGGAUCUUCAAGCUGAUGGAUCUCUAUGCAACUAUCUCUGACCUUUGGCCAGACGUAGAACUUAUCUUCAACUUUGAUUCAUUAGCUUCUGUGCAAACUCUUGUCCUCUCAACGCUCAAGAAACUCAAGGAAUCUAUCCACACGUGUCUCAAGGAGUUUGAGGCGACAAUACAUAAGGAUUUUUCAAAAGAAGUUCCUCCUGAAGGAGGUGUUCACAAGCUGACUCGGACAACGAUGAGUUUCAUAUCAUCGUUGUCUGAACACAGCCGUGUCUUGUCUGAGAUUAUUACAGAGAAUCCUAUCAAGAAACACUCUCAGUUGCUAGAAUAUUACUUCAUGGCUCCAAUCUUGGAAGAUGAACAUGAAAACAACCACGCAUGCUCGGUCCAUCUAGCUUGGCUAAUACUUUCCUUCCUAUGCAAGCUAGACACCAAAGCAGAGAGUUACAAGGAUGUGUGUCUCUCUUACAUCUUUAGUUUGAACAAUCUUCAGUUUGUGAUUAAUACCGUUCGCUCCACUCAACUCAUGAACCUCCUCGGUGACGAUUGGCUCGCCAAGCACGAAGCAAAACUCAAAAGCUUUGCUGCAAAAUACGAGAGAGCAGCUUGGACUAAUGUUUUCGCGUCUUUACCUGCGGAGACAAAUACAAAUCUAUCAGCAGAGGAGGCCAUAACAUGUUUCAAGAGAUUCCACGCAUCAUUCGCAGGAGCAUACAUGAAACAAUCAUCAUGUGUCAUAGAUGAUGCAAAGCUUAGGGACGAGCUUAAGGUUUCCAUAGCAAGUAAGCUUGUGCCGAAGUACAGAGAGUUCUACGAGAAGUAUCUGCCAAUGCUGAGACAGAAGAGUAACAUAGAGAUGUUGGUGAAUUUUAAGCCUGAUAACUUGGAGAACUACCUCUCAGAUCUUUUCCAUGGAACAGAAAUUAUCGGUGGCUCUUCUCGUUCUGCUGCUUCUUCUUCUUUGUCUUCUUCAUCUUGUUGCUCAAUUGGAUGUUUAAAAGACUAAAGCUCACAGUUAGAAGACUGUUUCAGAGUGAAUAUUGUUUCUUUGGCAUCAAUUAUUAUUUUUAUAGGGUGUCAGCAGCUGGAGUGGAACUUUGGGUUAAUAGAGGGUUUGUAUAUCUACUUAUGUCUGAUGAUUUUACUUUCAUUUUUAUUAAUGGGUGAUUACACUAUUUUUAUGGGCACA